AUUGAGGGCCCACUUAGGUCAGUCUCACUGUCAUUCAACACUUUCUGUUUGGCUCUCUCUUUCUUCCACCUUUUUUCAUUCAUUCCAUUUCCCCACUUUUUAUUUCACUUCAUAGCAGAACAACAAAGAAACUUCCUCUCUCUCUUUUUCUUCAUCCUUCAUUCACCUCUCUUCAGAUCAGAAUCUCAGAUGGAGGGCUCUGGCGAUUUUGGUGAAGGUCUUGACCAAGAGAGAUCAAUGAUGACUCCAUAUUAUACUCCAUAUCUGAAGAAGGUAAAGCCGGGUUCUGGUCUUCAAUCUGUCAAUUUGGAUUUCACUCCUAGCUCGGGUGGGGUUAGCUCUGACGUUUCUGUGAAGGAGGGCUCUGGAUCACCUUCCUCACCCUCUUUGGAUUCAGAACCUGAAUUGUUUAUGCAGUCUGUAAUCCGUAACCAGGGCACUCCGGUCAAUACCGAUGAUGAAGAAACCCCCGAAGGUAAGCUGGAAGAAGAGAUUCCUGAUAUGGAAAUACAGAGCGAGUUUCUUGGGGACGGAGAAAAUAGAAGUUAUGAUGAGUUGCUCAAGAAGUUUAUCAAAAAUGAGGAAGAGCUAAGAGUUUCCAAUUUAAAACUUCAGCUCUCAGAAGGAGAGAUUGUCAAGUUGAAGAAUCAAAUUGAGAAAAGUGAGGAUCAACUUGAUAAUGUGUUGAAAGAAUUAAAACUGAAUAAGGAUGAACUUGAAUAUAAAAAAGGACAGGUACGGGAGUUGCAAAAUCAAACAGCUGAGUUGGAGACUCAUGUUCCAGAUUAUUGCUCCAAGAUUGCAAAUUUGGCGGAACAGCUGGAGGUAGCUAAUGAGUACCUCAAGAUCUCAAAUGAUGAUAUUGCAAGAUUAAGAAAGGAACUUGAAAAUAGGUCAUUUGAGACUCAUCAAUUGCAAGGGCAGCUUGAAGUGGCACAUGAAAAUGUGGCUAAAUUAGAAUGGCAGCUUGAUUCAGGGGAGAAGCAGAUACGAGAGUUAGAAGAUGAGAUUACAUUCUUUAAAGCUAAGGAAACUAACCAUCAGCAUGAGAUGCAAAGAGUGAAGGAUGAAAUGCUUGAGAUGCAGGCACAGUUCUCUUUGGAGAAAGUUCAAUUGCAUUCUGAUAUUACGAGCUUGUCAGAAAUGAAAAUGGAUUUGACCUCUAGACUGGAGGAAUGGGAGCGUAGAGGCAAUUUUUUAGAAACUAAAUUCAGACAAUGUGAAGCUGAAAAUUUGGAGCAAAAAGAGCUGUAUGCUAAUCAAAAUUUGGUUAUAGAGAGUGAAAUAAGUUCUUUAAAGGAAGACCUUCGUCAGCGAAGAGAUGAUGUGGAGGCUGUGAAUAAGGAGUUUGACAGACAUAAACAAAAAUUUGACAAGCUCAUGACUGAGAGAGACGAAGCUAAUGCUAAGAUUGAUGAACUUAAGGCUCAGAUAAGCUUCCGAGAUGAUCAAAUAGAAAAUAUGAAAAGAGAGCUUUUCCAGCUAAGCACACAGCAGCUUGAGCUGACCUUAGAAUCUGAAAUGAGACUGACUUUAGUAGAUGAAUUGAAAGUGAAAGUGGAGAAACAGAAUGUUGAGAUCUCAGAUCGGAAUGAGGAGAAGAGGGAGGCAAUCCGGCAACUGUGCUUCUCGCUUGAUCACUAUAAGAGUAGAUAUGAUGAAGUUCUUCAAGCUUUUACUGGUCAUAGGCGCCAUACCAUCAUAGCUUCCUAAAGUUACAUUCAGUCUUCCUAAAGUUACAUUCUGUAGUAGUCUCGUCAUUUUAUAUUGUUCUAUAGAUCUUCGUGGAUUAUCAGCUUUGCAUGUCCUUUUCUUAUUUUAUUAUGCAGCCAAACAAAAUAUUGGGUUGUGUACUAUUUCUUUCUUCUUUGGGUGCAUAGAGCUGUAGAUGAAUUCUACUGCUGAAUCCAAAUUAUAUAGCUUUUGUUUCUAAUAAUCAUAAUAUAGUAGAUAAAUUUUAUUUGGA